AUUUAGGUGCAAAUAGCGAAGUUGCAAACUUCACAAUAUGCAUAUCCUUUAGUCUAAAGGAAAGCAAGUUGGAAGUACACGAUCCGAUGACAAGUACGGACAGCAACUUCACAAUAUCCAUGGAUUCCUAGGCAGUUUUUCGAUACUGACGACGACAAGACCAAAACUAAGAAGAAAGAGAAUCAUAGCUUCGAUGCGAUAGGAUUGUGCUCCGUCAUUCGUGGCCCCGGGAGGGAACUAGCUAAAACAAGAAUCGCUAGCAUCGAGAGCAACUUGAAGAGAGGACCAUCAUCAAUGACCCCGAGAAAGAUUGGCAGAAAUCAUCAUCUCGGGAACUAAUUAUAUGGAUCUUCUGUCGAGUGAGAUCGAAAGUGAUUGCUAUUGGCGAUCGGAUAAUGCCCAUAAGCACGUAACAAAAAGGAAGCAAAAUCCGAGGAAAAGGUGAAGCUUUUGGAGAUGCAGGGGAUCGAACCCUGUACCUCUCGCAUGCAAAGCGAGCGCUCUACCAUUUGAGCUACAUCCCCAGCUGCUCUACUUUCCCCAACAAGAUAAUAAUAUUGAUUCUAAACAAUAGACCUGUCUUUCUCCCUCACGCUCCAAAAUCAAAAGGAAAAAGAGUGAGAAAAAGAGCAGAAGGAUCAUUCACUUCAAUUCAAAGCCUUUCUCUCUCUCUCUCGCCCGCAUCAGCGGACCGACGGAGCCCUGCGAUUCGCCGCCGCCGCCGAUGGAUUUCCAAGUGGUGGUGUUGGCCGGCGGCUUCUCGAAGAAACUCGUCCCUCUCGUCUCUAAGGAGGUGCCGAAGGCGCUGCUUCCGGUGGCCAACCGCCCGGUCCUCUCCUACGUCUUGGAGCUCCUGGAGCAAAGUAACCUCAAGGAUCUCAUCGUCGUGAGUUGUCGAGGAGAAGAUGCGGCUUUCCUUGUUGGAGGCUGGAUAUCGGGCGCUUAUGUGGACCGUCUGCAUGUUGAGGUCGCUGCCGUACCUGAGGACAUCGGGACAGCUGGAGCCCUUCGAGCCAUUGCACAUCAUCUGACUGCAAAAGACAUCUUGGUCGUGAGUGGUGAUCUUGUUUCUGAUGUGCCUCCUGGAGCUGUGGCAGCUGCACAUAGACGACACAAUGCUGUGGUAACUGCAAUGCUUUGCUCUGCUCCUGUAAGUGGUCCUGCAGAUUCAGGAUCCUCUGGGGUAAAGGACAAAACCAAGAAAGCGGACGUUACACCUCAUAGGCUUGGACCGCUCAAAGCAGUUCUAUUAUACAUUGCCACAGGUUCAGCAUUUAUUUAAUAACGUCUUCGUAUUCAGAAGAGUAUACUUCGUGCAGUAGGGGAGAUGGAAAUCCGUGCUGAUCUCAUUGAUGCUCAUUUAUAUGCCUUCAAAAGGACUGUGCUGCAAGAGAUUCUAGAUCAGAAGGAUACAUUUCAAAGCCUAAAGGAGGAUUUAUUGCCUUAUCUCGUGCGGAGCCAGCUGAAAUCCGAAAUAUUAUUUAAUGGUGCACCGCAACCCGAAGAGAAUGCAAAUGAAAAGGUUGCUUCCCAGAACAACCAAGUAUUGCUGUCACAAAUUCUGUCUAAUUCAUCGAGGCCAAAUUUCCAUGAACUCCAUGAGUUAGGUUCAUAUGGUUCUGCCUCUUCUCGAAGAACGCAUAAAUGUUGUGUAUAUAUUGCCAGCAAAAGCAAGUAUUGUGCCCGCUUGAACUCCAUCCAAGCAUUUAGCGACAUCAAUCGAGAUGUCAUUGGAGAGGUAAAUCAUCUGUCAGGCUAUUCUUUCUCUGCUCAUAACAAUAUUAUCCAUCCUUCAGCGGAGUUGGGAUCUAAAACUACUGUGGGACCACAUUGUAUGCUUGGGGAAGGAUCUCAAAUGGGGGAUAAAUGUAGCGUAAAGCGAUCUGUUAUAGGCCGUCACUGCCGGAUAGGUUCCAAUGUCAAGAUUGUUAAUUCUAUUGUCAUGAACCAUGUUACGAUUGGAGAUGGUUGCUCGAUACAAGGGUCUGUAGUUUGCAGUAACGUACAGCUUCAAGAACGUGUUGUUUUGAAAGAUUGCCAGGUUGGAGCAGGCUUUGUUGUUAUUGCAGGCGGUGAGUAUAAGGAGAGUCCUUGGCUAAGAAGGAGAAAUGAGUAGAUGGUUACUUAUCAUCUAGGAAGAGAGCAAUUAGUAUUGAGGUACUUAACUGAGGUAUCUGGGUUUUCCAUGAUCCACAGGAGGGAAGAUUUCGUGUUGACUGCUGUGGUUGCAGUCAAUAUAGAGAGGGUUGUCAGUGGGGAUGAAAAUGCCCAUGUUUUGGGUCUAUUCUCGUGCUCGUUUGUUUCGCCUGUAUUAAUUCAUUGAAGUUUCCAAUGUGGUGCUACUGAAUUUUGCAGAAAAAUUCCGUUGAUUAGAGAAUAUCAAAAUAGAGUAAGAUCAGUUUUGUCAAAAUUUCUGACUAUCAAAGAUAAUCUGUUUGUAAGGCAACUGUGAAAAGUUUCUCAUGUGCAAUUGUUGGCAAUUUCUGUCAUCUGCCUUUUUGGAA